CUUGAGGAGGUUCGACACGACACCAUUGCUCCCGCCGAGGCAUCACGCGCCGGACGCUUGCCGGCUUUCAGAAAAAAAAAGCGAAUUUGUCGAUUCCAAAAAUUCAAAUUAGGAAUUCAAAAGCGAAUCGGAAAAUUUAGUUGUAAUUUUUAAAGAUGGCGAAUUAUCAAGUGUUAUUAUUAUUGUUCGCUGUUGUGAUCGCUUCGGGAGCUUCAAAUACACAUAUAUUCGGCGGUCGGUGUUCCCGACGGGAUCCCAACGUAGACGCUUGCUUACUCCGCAGUUUCAACUCACUCAUCGAGUACAUGAAGGGCGGAGCACCCGAACUAGGAAUUGAAGAGUCAGAGCCUAUCGUGAUCGAUGAGCUGUCAAUCGCUCUGGGAGGUGGGCCUGAUGGCUACCGCGCCAGUUUCAAAGACAUCCACGCGACAGGAGCCUCCAAUAUGACCAUCACUAAUGUCAGGUCGGACCUCGAGACGCACCAGUUCCAGCUGACGCUGUGGGGGCCGCACAUCAGCGCCCGCGCGCGCUACCGCUCCUCCGGCGUGCUGCUGCUCGUGCGGGCUUCAGGAGGCGGCGAGUACUGGGGGGAAUACGAGGGUGUGAAGGCUAAGGUAUAUUUCCGCGGAGAGCCGUUCACCCGCGACGGCCGCACCUACCUCAAGCUGCAGCAGUUGAAGCUCGACUUCUCCGUCAAGGACAUACAGAUGGGAGUCGAGAACUUGCAGAACAGCAACGCUGUGUUAGAGGCAGCCCUGAACCUGUUCAUCAACACCAACGCCCAGGAGUUGCUGAAGGAGAUGAAGCCGGAGCUGAAGAGAGACCUGGCGGAGAAGAUGUCGCGCUUCCUCGACAACAUACUGCAGAAGAUACCCUAUGACGACUGGAUCGUAGACUAGAAUAGCAAUAAAGGUUAAUUGUUAAAGUAAGGAAAAGAGAUAGGGUCGGUUUUCAUCAUUUAAAAAAAUCCUAAACGAGAUUUCAAAAAUUUUCAAAAAAGCAGAAAAGUCAAGGAAAAAUAUCUAAGACUUUGGAACUUUUCACAGUACCCCAGUGAGGUAGAAAUUUACUAAAACUAUACUCUAUGUAGAUGAUAUAUUUUGGUGCUAAAAUGACAAACUACACCAGUCCUUCUGUUUCUAAGAAGAAUCCAAGAAUGACAUAUCUUGCUUCUUUCAAUAUAAUAAUAAUUUAGUUCAUAGAGAAUUACACACACCGGUGGUUGAUACUUUUAUUAUGAUAGAAAAUACACAUCUUUUUGCAAAAAGUAUUUUCUAUGAUAAUAAUCGUAAAAUGUAGAUAUUAAGCUAUUUAUUUAGAGCUCCUGGUAGGAUAAGAAUAAAUUCGACCGUUAUGGAUGACUACUGUAUUAUUAAUUUACAUUAAUUUGUACAACUGUAAUAAAGAAUUUAAUUUAAAA